UGUGGCGUGAGCAUUCGUGCCGAGGUAUCAGACGUGUUCGAGAGUCACGCCAGUGAGGAAUUAUCUGCUGAUCAGCGUAGCGGCUCCGUUCGAGACCAUAUUAUAUUUUCGGCGUACGCGUGAUAAACUUGUCCGGAAGCAUGGCGACGGAGGUGGCUCAACUUCCCCAUCUAAAAGUCUUCGACCGCGUAUUGGAAUUACCCAUCGUUGAGUUGGCACUCGCUAAAUCUGCAGAGACGUAUUCGAGGGUAAAGGAAUCGCACCAGUUAAUGCACUGGGCUUUAAGUACUGCGGAAUCGUCCGUAAGCAUCGCGACGAGACAAGCAAUGCCUAUUGCCAUGCCUAUCGCGAAAAGACUUGAGAGUCCUAUAAAUUUCGUCAAUAAUACAUUAUGCUUUGGUCUUGAUAAAAUUGAAGAAAAAGUGCCGCUGAUGAAAGAGAAACCUGCACAGAUUUUAGAGAAAGCAGUAUCGAGAAUUUCGCAAGUAAACGAUUUGAUUCUCAUACAAGCGACGAAUUUGCGAGACAUCAGCUGGAAUACGGCCAAUCAUAUACUUGAUACACAUUAUGGCAGUGUGGCCGUGAGAGGUAUAGAUAGCACGGCCGUUGCUGUUGAUAAACUCAUUGAUAGAUAUUUCCCCGCAACAGAAGAAGAAAAGCCGUUAGCUGAUGAACCGAUAAAUACACCUGAAGAGGACAAGCUGCUCCAUACUUUACAAACCGUCGGUCACCUGUCCAAUAAAGCUGCUCGAUGCGUGUAUCUAAACAUAAUAAACCAUCUGGAUAUAAUUAAGAAGGAUGGUUUAUUGAAAGCUUACGUCAACAGUUUAGUCGAGUUCCUUCGACUCACGAAGUAUCUUCACACUGUCAACGAAAAGCCACAAGUUAAUGCCGAAAAAAAGCAAGAAUCACAAGAAGAAAAGGAAAAGAGCGAGUAAAAGCACCGUUUCCUUCCUACUUUUCUCAAAAUUUCUCCACUUAUGGUUAUUUAAAUCAUCGAAAUGAAUAUCAUUUGUAUUUAUCAUCUGGAAAUAAUUGUUUAUAUUUAUUUUUAAUAAUUAUGCGCAUAUAAUUAUUAUUUGCAAU